CCCUGGGGUUCCACACUAAUGACAAAGACAUUGCCUCUGGGCCAAAGCACCACUAUGGGUCCAGAUGCCAUGAGCAGUGUGGGGUCAAAGUUCUGGACAAAAAAAAACACAUCAGCAUGUAGAUCGGAGAGCCGCGAGACUUGAGCUUGACCUUUUAGGACCUUUGGACGAUGGCCUGUUCGACCUCAUGGACCACAGCGACACGCCCUCGGAUUAACCCUGUGUUACCGGACAAAAAGCGUAAUGACCUUCAACUGAACCACAAACGACAUCUGGAAUUAUCACCUGAUAUUUCAUAUAAACCAGGCCCGUUAAUAUUCUCCUCUGCGGUGAACACGACCUCACCUCCCACCACAAAGAGUGGAUGACUGACAAGAUGGUUUACUGUGCUUAUUCUGCUACGGACACAGAGUGAACUCCUCUUGUCAUCCAUCAGUUUGGAGAUGGAAAAUAAUUAACGAGAAAAAGAAUAAUGAAACCAACAAGGAUCAAUGGAAGCAAGGGAGGAAAGAAACAAACAAUGUAAGGUAAGGUAACCUAUGAAUCCUUUAGAUCCUCAGAACCCUUUGAAGCGUGUAAUUAAAUAUACAGCAAGGCCAAAAUAUGAGGAACAUAUGCUUGGAAUUAAAAAUGCCUGAAAAAGGAAAUGUGAAAAGAAAGUAUUGUUAAGCUGUGAAACGACCUUAUCGAUACUUAAACACAUCCACUUAUAAUGGCGGUGUGAUCAGGGAGGACGAAAGUGACUUGUGCUGCUAAACAAUAACCACAAAAUAAGCAGAAAAUACAUUUUCGUAUUGAUAGAUGGCACAGAAAGAGGUUGAACCUGAGUUGGACAUAUUGUCCUGUUUCAUUUGUCUGGAUGUGGUGAACGAUCCAGUAACUAUUCCCUGUGGGCACAGUUACUGUAUGAAGUGUAUCAUAGCCCACUGGGAUUGUGAGGAUGGGAAGACCCACUACAGUUGUCCUCAGUGUGAAAAGACUUUCAGUCAGAGGCCUAUACCUGUGAAAAGCAACAUGUUGGCCGAUUUAGUGAAGGAGCUGAAGAGGACUCGGCCUAAAGCUGCUGCUGCCGCUGAAGUAGCGGCUUGUGAUGUCUGCGAUCAAAGGAAACACGUGGUUACCAGGUCCUGUUUGCUUUGCUUGGCCUCUCACUGUGACAAACACUACCAAACUGUGUGUGAAUCAUGUUCUGACAGGAAAGUAUACCUCCAGAGCAAUCUUCAGGACUCUCUACAUGAUGAUGUGAGGAGGUUCUGUCCCUCUGGCAAGUUAUGCACCUGUCAUCCCAGUCCUUCAGUGCAAUAUAAAAACCACACAGUCUCAGCUUUAGCUGAAACGAAGAGUGGACAGGAGAUCCAGCAGACAAGACAAGAAGACAAGGAGAUAAACAUGACUGUGUUAGAGCCAAAAACGGAUAAACCUGUGGAGCACAGUCAGACCAGUGUUACUGAGCAGGUCCCUGAGAUGCCUUAUCCACACCACGCAGGGAUUUCACAGCAGAGACCUGAGCAGGAGAUCCCUUCCUUCCCUUCAGUGUCCGUGACUGUUUCAUCAGCACAGUCAUCCAGCCUCAACAUAUUCCAGGACAUUACAGGAGUCGUGUAUCAGAAGAAAACCGUAGUACAAGACAUGGAGUCCGCUGUGCCACAACCAGUACCUCAGACCAGAGCUGAGUUUUUGAAGUACUCACAGGUAAUGGCCCUGGAUCCAAACACAGCACACACACGUCUGUUUUUAUCCAAUGGGAACAGAAAAGUAACAGUAAUGACUGAGGAUCAGACCUGUUCCCAUCAUCCAGAGAGGUUCACUAACUGGUGUCAGGUCCUGAGCACAGAGAGUCUGAUUGGCCGCUGCUACUGGGAGGUGGAGUGGAGAGGUAGGAAGGUUGGCGUAGCAGUUUCCUCCAAAGGGAUCCAGAGAGUAGGAGGCUCAGCUGAGUGUGGGUUUGGAUUCAAUGAAAACUCCUGGGCGCUGGACAGUGGCCCAAACAGUUGUACGUUCUAUUACAACAACGUCAGCACCAAACUCUUCAGGAGCGUACCCUCCAGAGUGGGAGUGUUCCUGGAUCACAGUGCUGGUGUUCUGGCCUUCUACGGUAUCACUGACACCAUGGCUCUUCUUCACAGAGUUCAGACCACCUUCUGUGGGGUGCUUCAUGCUGGAGUUCGGUUCAUCUAUCAUUCUCCAGGAUCCACAGCUGAGUUUUGUAAACUUUGAGUUAAAAGUAGAAACAGGGACAUUUUGGUUCUUUUUUUCCAUCUCGUUUUUCAAUGCAUAUGGGGAGUGCAAGGAUAUUAAACCUUUGGGUGAGAAAAUAUUAUCGGUGAAGCUGCAAUAACAAAAGGCUGGUCCGAGUCGCAGUCAGUCAGCAGGAGUUCAAAUAAACCAGAGACAACCUCUAUCUCCAGCUCAGACCUCAGAGCAGCACCAUCUCAUGAUCAGUUUUUUAUGUCCAGUUUUUUCAUGGCACUGACUGAAAUGCUUCAGUAGUCCUGGAUAUUUAAAUAUGCUGAUCCUGCCGCCGGUGAUUGGCUGUAAUGUUACCCGUGAUUGUGGCCUGCAGGAAAAAUACAAAUGUGUUUGCCAGUGACGUUCUGGGGUUACAUCCUGACCGUGCACGGAAUCAGUUUAAGAGCAGAAAGUUGCUUCGUGUUUGACUGCAAAAAGAGCGUACCGCGGCCAUCCUCCUCUUAGCAUUCAAGUCUGCCUGCGGACGGUACGGAGCCUGAGUGGCUUGUUUAAAAAUCUCUACCACUUGACUCCACUUCACCUGAGAGUACCAAGGACAGCGCUGUGUGUGGGGGAUUUGAACAGGAGCCGCUGACACCGAUGUAAGGAGGACAAGGCCAGCCAGUGUGUAUCCGUUCGUUAAAGGUUUGCUGCCUUUUUCUACAGUGGAGUCUCCAUCGUGGAGCCUCUUGGUGGAUAACAAACUAGAGAUGUUCUGCAGAGUAAACUCUGAUCCGUCAGGAUCAGUUCAUAAUCUAAAUGUGUAUCACCGACCGUCGCAGGAAGUCGCGGAGCGUUUGUAGUGGAGGUGAAAUGGGAAGUCUCUGCUGAUGUCUCUGCACACUGCUCAAGAUUUCCCGAAGGUCUUCUUCAUUUGUUCCCAGUUGUGCGUAGUUAUCCAUGAUAGCGAUGUGCCAGUUAGUCAGCUGUCCGUUGUCUCCACUGGGUAACAUGUACCAACACGGG